AUGAUGGACAUGAGUAUGGCCAUGAAGGGAGGAGGGAUUCCCUGGCUGAGAAACCCGUUGUCGCUUCACUCCUCCCGUGCAGAUACCUGCAAGCUGUCCGCCGAGCAGUGUGCUUAUCGCAGCGGUCAUUGGCGGUAUUGGUAUCAAGCUGACCAUGUGUACGCGUUGGCUACUGUCUACUUCUGUUGUGCCGUGAUCGGAUUAUUCACCCUCUCCAACUUCCUUGUUCGAUACUCUCCAGACUGGGUUAAGCGGACUCGAGUAUGGCGUGCGACUACUUCUGUGUCCCGGUACCUGUCUUAUCGUGGAUACGGACUCCCAAAGAUGCGAUACUGGACCCCCUCCUUGGGAGUUUUGUUGCUAGGCCUCGUGGGAAUGGGCUUCUUCCUCGGAAUGACACUCGGCCCGCAACCUUAUUACUGGCCGACGACUGCGAACUUUGGAAGUAGUCCCCCGAUUGCUACUCGAGCGGGGUGGAUGGCUCUCGCAUUGAUGCCGUUUGUCCUUGCUCUGAGCGUCAAGUCUAACAUGAUAUCUGCACUGACUGGUAUUUCCCAUGAAAAGUUGCAAGUCUUUCACCACUGGACCAGCUACGCCAUGUUUGCUUUAGCUCUGGUUCACACUUUCCCAUUCAUCGUUUUUCAUGUGUGGAAGGGGGAUAUGAUGAAGGCAUGGAAGACCGGCGUUGAGUACUGGACGGGAGUCGUUGCACUCAUUGCACAGACUUAUCUAACCAUAAUGUCCUUGCCAGCUAUUCGAAAUCGAUUCUAUGAGUUCUUCAAAGCUACACACAUGAUUGCGGCUGUCGUUUUUAUCGUUUUCUUUUUCCUCCAUUGCAAUUCUACUCUUUCCUCAUGGGACUACUUCAUCGCCACGGGUGUCAUCUAUUUACUGUGCAUAUUCGCUUCUCAGGCCCGUACUUACCUGAUCAACGGUCUGCACACAGCAACCCUCGAGGUCCUCCCCAGUGGUCUUCUCCGCGUUGCGGUCCCAACCGUCAUGAACUGGACACCAGGCCAACACGUUUUCGUACGAUUCUUGACAUCUGACUUACAUCUACUCACCGCACACCCCUUUACCAUCUCUUCCGUCUGUCGAGACCCCGACGAAACCGGAAAAGCAUCCGAGAUAAUAUUCUAUAUCAAGGCGCGUGGAGGCGUGACUGGCCGAUUAGCAGCAAUUGCCACCAAGAACCCAGGUUGCUCGAAAAAGAUUCUGAUUGAAGGACCCUACGGAGGCGUCAGCGCACACCACAUGGCCCGUUUCGAUACCCUUCUAGUAAUCGCCGGCGGUUCGGGAGGUGGAUUUUCUCUCGCAAUGGUUGACGAAGCCCUACGCCUCUCCGAAAUGGAGGCAAAAGAAAGCAAGAACUCCGAGCACGGAGGUCGCCGUAAUCUGCAGGUCGUGUUUUCAACCAGAGACACCGCCAUAGCAGACUGGUAUGCUGCAGAGAUCGAAUCACGCCUUUCCCAUUCCACGACUCUGUCUUCGGACCCCGACAAUGGGUACGAGACUGCAGUUUCCGUACAUACUACGUGCCGGGUCAACACGGCCUCAUCUUCGCCUUCAAUUGGCUAUGAGAAGGACCCGAGCAAACUGCCUCCUACGGAGAUCACGACAACGGGAACUUUUAGCUUGAACGUCCACCGCAAUGCCCGUCCUGAUAUUCCUGGUCUCGUUGCACGUACUGUGGCGGUGGGAGAUGCGCAGGGACGACGGGUGGGGAAGAAGCAGCGGAUCGGCGUGCUUGCUUGUGGUCCUGCUUCUAUGCUUCAUGAUACUCGCAACGCGGCAGCUCUCGCUCAGACCCGCGCCCUAGGCGGAGAGGUUGAGGAGCUGUAUCUGCACUCUGAGCCUUUUGCGUAA